GAGCUGGUGAGGAAUAUGCUCUAAAAAUAGUUUUGAUCCCUAGAAAGUCCUGGGUAAAUGUCACCUGUAACUGCUGUCAUUUUGUUAAUAUACCUGUCAUGUCUUAUGGACCCAAAUGAAUUCCGGACUCUGCAUCAAUGGCUUCCCCACAUUCCUUACAGCUCUUGCCCUAAUGUCUUCCCCAGACCCUUGUAUGCACUAAGUGUUAACAAGUACUUGGGUUCAUCAACUGUGGCUCUGAGUCGAAAAAGUUCUCAUAAUCAAAGUUGGAAAAGGAUGCACAAAGAAUAAAAUCUUGACCUGAUUUUGAGCAAUUUGCUGACUCCUGAGAGUACAUCUUUCAAACUUCCCUUUUGGAUGGUUUGAGUACGCGCUCCUCUCUUGAAAUAAAGUGAAGAGCCCAGAAGAUUUCUCCAGUUUCUUUGAUUCAUGUCGAUGCUGUCUGAAGUUGUUGUAUUCUAUACAGAAAAAGGAGCCUAGUUGCCCUGAAAGAUCAUGAACUUGUCUUCUGAGCACUGCAACAUAUCAGAUUGGCUGAGGCUGGAAGCAACAGUGAAGGCCUCUGUGUACACAGUUGCCUUCUUGUUUGCCACAUCUGUUACUGUCAUCAUCGUCACAAUAGUGUCACAGAAUUCGAAGCUGAAGAAAGAGGCCCGAUACAUCCUCCUGUGUCACCAUCUGCUGUGCAUCUCCUCCUACUGUGGCCUGGGGGUGGUAUUCCAAGGGAUGCGGGCUCUACUAGCCAAUAGUCCAGUGCUGAUGUGCUGGGUGGUAUUUGGGGUCCAGCUAAGUGUUGGAGAAGGGAUCCUCUUCACCCUGGCGUUGAUGGCUGUCAACACUUACCUGGCCAUUUGCUGGCCUUUGAAAUCUCUGGCCUUUGUAGAUUCAGUUAAGUAUAGGGUUCUGGCUGGGUCUUGGACAAUCAUUAUAUUCAAGAAUGUUUGCUUAUUCCUCAUAGAGGGUACUAGCCCCACUCAGGGUGCUGUUUUUAAAUCUGAACCCCUUUGCCCUGUGAUCUUGAAUGGCUCUGCUGCCAGAGCCAUUGGCAUGGUUUUCCUUUUCCUUCUUCUGUCCAUCAUUCUUGUAAGUUACUUUCUGAUCUACCAAGAAGGGAAACGGGCUGGCCAUUUUAAUAGAUCAAAUAUCAAAGCAAGGAAAACGGUCCUUAUUCAUUUAGUGCAGAUGGGUUUACAUGUGAUACCAACCCUGAUAUUCAUAGGUUUGGGAAAGAUGUGUGGGUUGUUUUUCUUUGUUUUAAAUUUGGUGCUUUUUGGAGUCUUUGCAUUUGCCCAAUGUCUUAACCCUCUGAUCUAUGGGCUCUGGAAUAAAGAGCUGCAAAGCAGAUUGUACCGUUGGAUGUGCUGUCAGUUGUGGUGUGGUCACAUGAUGACCAACAGAGAGACAGUUUAACCUGAAAUUCAGCCACACUGAAUCAAUAACUCUAGCCCUAAUGGAUCAUUAGCUAUGCUUGAGGACUUACCUUUACUCAACCAUAUGAGUAAGUCAGAGUUAUUCAUCUGGCUUGCAAAUUUUGCUGCUGUGUACAUGGAAUUGGCCUCUGUGAAAUCACUCUAUGUCUUUAAUUUUAAACCCAGAUCAACAUUUUUGGCAGCAUGUCCUACUGCAUCUCAGUAAGGAGGCAGUUUUUGAGAAUGCACUAAUUUUUAAAAACUGAGAAACCGUCCAUGGUUGAUAGGAAGAGAAGAAGUUUGGCUGUUCCUUUAUUAUUAAUUAGGCAUAGGCUUGGCUACAUGUAAUAACAAAACAGAAACAAAAUAACAAUGACUUUUUUAAGGUUUGAGAUUGUUCAUUUGUUUGUUUCUGAUGUAAAAGGAAUCUGGACGUAAACAAUCCAGUCCUAUACAGCAGCUUUGUAGGCAACGGGUUCAUUCUCUUCUAUUCUGCCAUGAUUACUAUACUGCCUCAUGACCCAAGAUGGCUGUUAAUGCUCCUGUCAUCACAUUCAUACUCCAGCCAACAGAAAGGAGGAAGGGGCAAAGGAGGGCUUAUACCCUCCUUCUAAAGACUCUUUUUAGAAAUUACACAAAACACUUUUUCUUAUAUUUAACUGACCAAAACUUAGUCAUAUGGUUAUGUGUGGCUUUAAGGGAGAGUGGGAAUAAAUUUUAGCUGGGUAGUAGUGUCCCUAGCUAAAAAUUGGGGUUCUUGAUACUAAGAAAGGAAGAAAGAACUGUUAUGAGGAGGCAAGGUUAUUUCAGGGACCAUUUUCCUCUCAACCAAAGAAAGUAUAAAGAAAGACAAUGGCUGGGUUAUAAUUAAAAAAUAUACUCUGCCUCUUUCAAUGUGGUACUUGGAGUUAACUUUUCAAAGUCCCAGAACACUUUAAUUGUAUUUUGUUAACAGUUCUCAAAGAAAAUGGCAUUAAGAAGAACAUUGAAUUGGUUUAAACAUGGGAAUUAACUCAUGAUUUAAAUCUAAGCCAUUUUGAAGCAGUAGUACAAAAUAAAGUCCUUCAUGGGAGUUUACGUAUGAGAUUUCUUUAGAUGAAACAUCCACUUCUAAGUAAGUCAGGAUUCAGUUCUAGAAACAGGAAUCAUUACUCUAGGUACUUUAGACACAUGGGAUUUAAUAUGGGACUUAGAUACUUACAAAGACACCAGCAGGGCUGGAGGAGUGGAAAUCAGGAGCCACCACUUGUUGGUGUCAAAAUCCCACAGGGAUCUGGUGGUCUAGCAGCUGUUUCCAUCAUUGCUGCCCAUGCCUCAGGCCCCUCUUAAUGUAGUAAAUUUGCGAAAGAAAGAGCAACUGGAAGAUGGCCUCCACUUCCUUUCAUCUUUCAAAUCUCAAGUGAUUGCCUCUAACUGGUGGAACCUAUCUGGCAUUAAGACCCUAUAAGCAAAGAAGUCUGGGAAAUAUAGUUCCUAGUUUCACAGGAACAGGAAGUUAUCCCAAAGUGAGGGUGAAAUGAGGAUUGAAAGAGCCAAUCCAUGGGAUCCACCAUUAUGACAUUUAGUUUUAUUUAUAGGUGUUAACAACAGAAGCAAAAUAGUUGCUCAACACAUUCACAGCUAUCAUGCUCCUGACACUAUGCAGGCCAUUUUAUAUACAUAAAAUCAAAUCCUCACAACAGGUAUAUAAUAUAGGUAUUAUUAUUCCUGAUUUAGAAAUGAGAAAAACUGAGGCUUAGAAAGGCUGUACAGGAGCUUAGGAGGACAGGAACUUCCCUUUCACAUUUUCCAUUUAUAUGACUUGGCCAAAGGUGUUCAUUGAGAGCGAGACCAAAUU